AUGAUCAUCGAAGGCGAUUUGCCCCUGGACCUGCGGCCGCCCCCCAGGCUCUACCUGCCGCACUACCUCCGCGACGACCGAGACGACUACCAACACGACGACACCUAUGUAUCCGUGGACGAGGACACCCCCGAUCACCCGCCGCCGUCCAGCGACUCAGACAGAUACGACGCGUCCAGCCCCAUCGACACGAAGCCCAGCUCUCCCAAGAAACCCAAGCAGAAGUCUUCGUCGCAGCUGAUUAAACCGCCGUACUCGUACAUAGCGCUGAUCACGAUGGCGAUACUCCAAUCCCCCCACAAGAAGCUUACUCUGAGCGGAAUCUGUGAGUUCAUCAUGACUCGUUUCCCCUACUACAGGGAAAAGUUUCCCGCGUGGCAAAAUUCCAUUCGGCACAACCUGAGCCUGAACGAUUGCUUCAUAAAGAUACCUAGGGAGCCCGGGAAUCCGGGGAAAGGGAAUUAUUGGACGUUGGACCCGCUGGCGGAAGACAUGUUUGAUAACGGGAGCUUUCUGCGCAGACGGAAGAGGUACAAGCGUCCAGCGCCGUCGCUGCAGCACGCUCAUGCUGUAGUAGCGAUGCUGGCGAGGGAAGCUUAUGCCCCUCUAUUGCCGCUACCAUGUUAUUUGCCGCCGACGCCGCUGCUGUCGUUACCGCGUCCGCCGCCGGCCGCGUUGCGUCCCGUGCCUCUCCCGCCAAGAGUUCCAGAAACAACUGACACACGCAGCAAGAGAUCGAGAAACGGUUUUUCGAUAGAAUCGAUAAUAGGAUCGCAGGAUACAGAGGCCGAACCGCGGCAUAGUGCUUUCUCCCCCCUCCAUUCGGGAAAUAGUCCGCCGGACGAUUGGGCCAGGUGA